CAGGUCAAAGAUGCUCGCCUUUUGCCUAAAAAAACUACGGGUUCUUAGCUAUUAUUUCGGUUCAGAUAUACAAAACUUUCGCAGAACAUCAUCUUCAUGGAACCUGAUUCUCUCCUCCCGCAAACUCCAUGAUGCUUCUUCCACAGCUCCUCCUGUUGAGAAGAAGCUUAAGCUUCUUGACUACGCUUCAACGAGACAAGAGGAAACAAUUGAGAGGAGGAAACAACUUAGUGACCGCAAGACACAGAUUUCGGAUGCGUUGAAAAAGAUAGACAUUAGAUGGUAUGUUGCUAAUUCCAAGGUUGAUCAUAUCAUAACAAAGAUGGAGAAUUUGCAUGGUGAUAUUUUGCCUGCUUCCUCUAUGUAUGAAAAGCUAGUAUUUUAUUGCAGUGCCGCCGCGGAUAAGGUGGAUGUAGCUAUUGAUUUUGUUGAUAAAAUGUCUGAAGAAGGCUUUACGCUCUCUAGUCAUGUAAUGCAAUCUUUAUUAGAGACUUGUUCGGAAACUGAUCAACAUUUUCGGGUUUUUGAAAUCUAUUCCAUCAUAAGUCGCCAUCCCCACCAUUUCGAGUUAAAUGGAAAGAUUUGCUGGCUUUUGGUACACUGUUGUGUAGUGAUGAAAGAUUUUGAAUGUGCGUACAAGAUGGUUAAUGAAUUGCAGAAAAAGUAUUUCAAAUACAAAACAACCAUGUAUAAUGCCAUUAUGGCAGGAUAUUUUUUCGAGAAAAACAAAAUUGGUGGGUUGAGGGUUCUCAAACAAAUGCGAGAUGCCAACAUAAAGCUCGAUUCAUACACUUUCAGCUAUUUGAUUGAAAAUUGUGAAACAAAAGAAGAGAUUAAGAAAUAUUAUGAAGAGAUGGAACAAUCUGGAAUCCACUUGACAAAAGAAGUUUUUGUAGCCCUGAUUCAUGCAUAUGUACCUUGCGGUGAAUAUUAUGAAGAACAGGAUAACAAGGAUGUGUUAUGGAAUUUACAUGGCGAGUUGGAGAGGGUGCUUCUCCUACUCAAGGAGUUGAGUGGUCAAGAUUGGGUUCACGGUUGCAGGUGGGCUAUCCGGUACUCAGUUCAAAACAAAAAUUUAAGUUCUACCAUUGAACUGUUUAAACAACUCAUGGAUUAUUACAAAAAUGAUGCACCCGAGAGAAGUGAUCCUUUAUAUUUCGGAAGAAAGAAACUGGUUUUUAAUAUUAAUGAAGCGUAUUUUCCAAUUUUGGAAAGUGGGUCCACCACAUAUUUGCAAUUUGGAUUGGACUUGCUGAAUCUAAUAAAAAAAAGAGCUUGAUCUUGUUCCUUCACAAAUGUGUGUGCUCCUAAAACUUUGCGCCCUAUCAGAAGAUUUGAAUUAUGCUAAUUUGGUUUGGAGAGAAUAUGCAUUUGCUGAAUGUUCUUAUAGUGCAUUUAGCUACUUGAGGUGGGCUUCUAACCUUCAUACUAUUUUUUCCCUUUAUUAUAAUAUUUUCCUUCUCCUUAUGAUUUUACUUUAUGGUUGUAGUAUGUAUCAAGUACUUUUGGCCACAGGUGAUCACAAAUCUGCUGACAUUAUGGUCAAUGAAAUUCCAAGUAUUUUAUCUGGUUAUGUUUCCUAUCUGAAGAAGCGCUAUAGCGCUAAAAAGGAUGACGUACUGGUAUCCGAUACGUAGGGUUGGCAAAACGGGUCCAACACGUCGGGAUAUCCUGUUUAGCCUGUUAUUUUUAGCAGACUUGUUUCAUAUAGUUGACUCGCCUGCUUAACUCGAUGAAAAAAGGGGCGGACACGAGGCGGGGCAGGUCCUCUCGCUUAACUCGUUUUUCUUUUAUUUUUUUAGACUUGUAUUAUCCUUAUUUUAAGAUUUGUUUUAUGCUUACGAUUUUACUUAUUUUGCUAUUAUUAAGUAUGAUGUUGAGUUCGACAA